GCUUACAAUUCUCAUACAUCAUAUGCUACUAACGCUAGCAUUUUUCAAAUUUUUUUUUUAUUUUCCAAAAGAGCCAAUUUCACCCAUGGAUAAAAUUAAAGGCAAACCAACUGAAAAGAGAGAAAAUCCCCUAAACAUUUUGUGGUGGUAUGGGUCCAAAUUAUUUUGUUGUUGAGGUGGCAUUGGACAUUUAUUUAAAAAAAAAAAAAAAAAAAAAACCGUUCAUUGAAUAACCGUACGGAAUUCCAUCCCCAUAACAAAACCCCCUUAUCCUCUCCUCCCCAAACUUUCUCUAACAACCACUUGGCGCCAUUUCUUCAGAAGGAAGACCGAAAGGAAGCUGAGCAAACGACCAUGCUCCGCGCACCACCUGAUUCCCUCUUUCCGUUUCGUCACAUUCACAAACCCAACUCUCUACUCAGAACUCGGACGACUCGGAUCUGUUGCAAAGCAAGUCUGAUCACAAACUCUGACUCGUUCGAGGUGGGUCGACUCAUUGGGAGCUAUGGCUUCAUGAACAUCACCAGCUCUUCGGGGUCUCCAUUGGGCGAAGAUACUGAAUACUCAUCGGGUGAUUUGGGGCGGUUGAGAGUUCAAGAUGUAGGAGAAGGCAGUGUAAAGAUCAGGCUAUAUGAUGGGAGAGUCUCUCAGGGUCCGCUGAAAGGGACUCCUGUUGUUUUUAAGGUUUAUCCUGGACAACGAGCUGGUGGGAAUGAGGCGGAUAUGAUGGCUGCUAAUGAGCUAAAUGCUCACCUAUUCCUUCAAAACAGUUCAAAUGGCAUCUGUCAGAAUCUUGCAAUACUUGUAGGUGGGUUUGAAACGAAAACUGGAGAGCAGUGGCUUGCUUUUCGUAAUCAUGGCAAAUCCAGUGCCGCAGAUUAUGCUAAAGUUAUGAGUGAAAAAGUGUCAAGAAACCGUGCAGCGGGAGUUUGGAAUAAAUUUGAGCAAGAGGAAACAAUCAAACGCAGAAGAUAUUUUGUUACCAAGCUGCUUCAGGGCAUUAUGAGAGGCCUGGCUUACAUGCAUGAUCAUGACAGGUUGCACCAGAGUCUUGGACCAGCUUCUGUUAUUCUGAACACAAUUACAGAGAGAGAUGCUGCUUACUUGGUCCCACGACUUCGGGAUCUAGCCUUUUCUGUUGACAUUGGGUAUUCAAAUCUAGAAGGGGAUCCUGGAUUACUAUCGGAGGGACUUUGGAGACGAGCAUCUACUGCCGGUGCCUUCACUCCUAUGGAAAAAAGAGCCUUUGGAAUAUCAGAUGACAUAUAUGAAGCAGGUCUUCUCUUGGCAUACUUAGCAUUUGUUCCAUUCUGUGAAGCAGGCAUAAUGGACGGACUUUCCUUGCAAAGGCUUUUGGAGAGCACGUUCCAACUUGAUCUUGGAGCAACUAGAGAGUACUGUUUAGCAGAUGACCGGCUAUUAGAUGCUGUGAAGUUCCUGGAUCUUGGAGAUGGUGCUGGUUGGGAGUUACUCCAGGCAAUGCUGAAUCCUGACUUCCGAAAACGGCCAAUUGCACAGGCUGUACUCAAUCAUCGCUUCAUGACCGUAGGCAUUCUUUGAGAUUUUGGAUAAAAGGAUUUGAUUUAUAAUGUAUAUUGAAAGGUACAUGGAUAAUUAGAUGAAGGCUUCAUUAUUGAUAUGGCCUAUAUGCUUUACCAAAAAUCUCAAUUUACCCGUUGUACUUGCAAUUGGCACACUUUACCCCCUGUGCUUUAUGCUUGUGUCCUCCGUUCCCCUGUUCCGUCUAGUUCCUCACCUGAUUUAUAAAUAUAUAUUGAAAGGUAAAGGUACUUGGAUAAUUAGAUGAAUUGAUACUUAGUUUUGUAUAGAGUUUAUAGUUCUUUGAAAUAAGAGUAGAUAUCUUGACUUCA